AUGGAAGAGAUGACCCAGGACAGAAGUGAUAGGGAACGAGCUCUCAUCGAACGAAUCGAUGAAGGGCAUAGAUUGGCACCAGGCUUGGACCCCGAGAUGGAACUCCUUGUGAAGCGCACGGGGUCUCUUCAAUUCACGGAGCAUGGGCAACUGAAAUAUUUUGGCACUACCUCUAACGUGCACUUUCUUAAAACUGCGAUCCCAUUUCAGCCGUCUUUGCAUGGGGGAGGAUAUGAUGCGACACCUGAAAUGUGGCUUGAGCGAGCUGGCUUGGGCCAAGUCGUCCCUCCCGAGAUGGAGGAUCAUCUGAUCAAGUUAUAUUUCACGUGGGAAAAUCCAUACUUCCAUGUAGUAGACCAGAAAGCGUUUAUGGAUGCCCGCAAAACGGCAAUCCUUAAUCGUGAGGCUGGCAGGGCCACUAAGUCAUCAUGUUAUUCGGAAUUGCUCGUCAAUGCCAUGUGCUCAUGGGGCGCGCUUUUUACAGACCGAGACAAUCUUCAAGUUUCAGUCCCACUCCACGACCUGUUCAUACUUCGAGCCCGAGCAUUAUUAGAUCGCGAUAUUGAUAACCCAACGAUUGCAACUGUUCAAGCGCUAGCAAUGAUGAGUGGCAGUGAAGCAAGCAAGGGUCGCGACUCUCGAGGAUGGCUCUACGAUGGCAUGGCAGCGCAGCUUGCUCAUCACCUCGGUUUACACCUGGAUGUGGAGCACUACGUUCAGUCGAACGAUAUGUCUUGCGAAGAGGCCAAUGCGCGAAGCACCGCAUUUUGGGGAACUUACAUCAUCAACACGGCCUGGAGCUACUACCUUGGACGACUUUCAAUUCCUGUAUCGGGUGCGAGUCGUAUCCCAGUGCGGAAGCCUACGGGGAGUCAUCACAGUCCGCCUUUGUACUGGGAAAACUACACUGAUCAAAACAUGUUUGGACUAACUCGAUAUGUUGAACCAUUGCGGGCCAUGUGGGAACACCAGUUGAAACUAUGCUACAUCAUGGAGCGUCUUCAGAAGGCAUUUUAUGACAAGAAAACUGGCUCCAUAUCUCAAUUGCGGGCUCAUACCUCCUCAGUAACCAGUGCCCUUGAGGGGUGGCUUUUGGACCUUCCACAAGAGCUUGUUGUCGAUACCAAUAACACAUCCGCAAUAUACCUACCACAUGUGCUUGUUCUACAUGCACAGUUCCAGGAAGCGAUGGUCUUCGCCAACCACCCUUUCAUAACCUCUCCAGCAACAAAAUCUUGGGCGGACUCACGUCGCAGAUACGUAGAGGCUGCGAAGACAAUCACGCGUAUUAUAAGGAUCUACAAACAUCUGUGGUCACUAAGACGAAUCAACAUCCAGGGCAUUCACCCGAUGUUUACCGCCGCGAUGGUACAUCUCUACAUCGCCUGCACUUCUAAGGGUCGUGAAGAAUUCAAAGCAGCAAUUUCCGACCUCGAUAUUUGCUGUGAAGCUAUGAAAGAUGCAUCCAAGGCUUUUGACUUGGCGGCUUGGCAGUUGCGAUCACUACAUCGGGUUUGUCAGAUUUGGUACGACAUGCUGGAAGAUCAGACCCUUGAACCAUCCGCGGAAGCUGUCGAUCGCCUGCAAAAUACAGAGCGAUGGAGAGCGAUACAAUAUGUGAUUCAGAGAUCUAUGGUGUGGACAGCCUUCGAUCCGGCAGUUGAGGAGCAGAAUCCUUGGUUCAGCAGCUGGAUGGAAAUGCAAGAAAUGGCGGGCGUAGACCCAUUCUCAGUCGGGUCUGCAUAG